AUGCUGAAACCGUUAAAAAAUUUGCUGACCUAUUUGCAGAGAAAUGCUAAUAGUUCGAACAUAUUCGGAUUAACAACUACAUCAUCAACAACAAUGGGUCCAACCGAACAACCAAGGCUGGAGGAAACUAUAAUGAUUGCGAACGAGGUGCUGCCAACCGACGAUGUGGAUCCUUUGUACGAUCCACUAGCGGUGGAUGAGUGUCCUGUUCCGGGCGCAAACACGUCCAGUGGAAGCAUUGGCAGUGAAGAUGACGAGGGAGUUUCAGCCGGCGAGAUAACGCUGGUCGAUGUAACCUCACUGAAGUCUAAACUGACUGAACAUGAGCUAGACACAGAUGACGAUGACGAUGUCUUAGAGCCACAGGAAUCAGGUGCGGGUUGCGCUCAGGCUGUCGUAGAGGUGGCUGACGAACUGUCUGAUACUUCCUGUGAAUUACUCUCGUCGGAAGAGGUGGUGGAUGUUUUGGAUAGUGUUACAAUAAUCCACAUGAACGAUAACAUCGAUGAGAAUGAAGUCAUCCAAGUCGAUAGUGAUCUGUCGGUUGAAUAUCAAACGUUGAACACGUCCGGAGAGUCAGUGGCAGGAGAAACCGUGAAGCCUUUGGAGGAAACGUGCCCAAUUGUGACCGUUAAAGAACCCGAUCAAACUAAACGCCAACUAAACGGACAUUUCGUUGACGUUGUGGAAUUGCCGGAUGGAUCGGUUUGUACGGAAGCGGGCGAGGCGACAACCGUGGAACAAAUACAGGGAACCAACGGUGAAGAGGAGGAAGAAGCGAGCGAUGGUUCUGAUUCGGGUCUAGGGUUGGAACCGUCCCGAAAUGUGGCAACGUGCGGCGAUAGUACCAGCAAUAGCCCAUUGGAACGAGUUCCAAUUAAAAGUAGCCUAAAGCGAAGAUCGGAAUCGUUAGGUCUCACAGGGGAAGCUUCCAUCCAGGAAGAAAAGGACAUUGGAAUUAGAGAUCAGAAGCGGAUCAAGAAGGGCAUUACCUUCGACGGUGUGACUGUGUAUUAUUUUCCUCGCAUGCAAGGCUUUGGCUGUGUCCCGUCACAAGGUGGCUGUACGUUGGGGAUGGAAUAUCAGCACGUCCACUCCAGGCGACUUACCCUUUCCGAACACUCGGCUGAGCAACGUAAGGUACACCGCCAACAGUUACAGGAGUUGAAUCCUCGAAGUUCCUCCAGCGAUGAUACCAGCAGUGAGGAGGAACCAAGCGAGAGUGCCUCGGAGGCCGAAAGCGAAUCGUAUGGGUUUCUUCAACCGGUCACUACCCGUCAACGGCGAGCGUUACUCAAAGCAGCUGGCGUGCGGAAGAUCGAUCCUACGGAAAAAGACGAAUGCCGCGAGAUUCGAACCUCGCGUGAAGUGUGUGGCUGCACGUGCCGUGGAUUCUGCGAUCCCAAUCGUUGCCCGUGCAGUCUAGCGGGCAUCAAGUGCCAGGUGGAUCGACCCAGCUUCCCCUGUGGCUGCACACACGACGGCUGUGCGAAUACGGCAGGACGCGUAGAAUUUAAUCCUGGUCGCGUCCAGACGCACUACAUGCACACCCUUAUGAGACUGCGCAUGGAGGGUAUUGAUAACGUGAUCGAUACGCGGCAAUCGAUGCUGCUAGGGAACGCAAGUGGAAGUGGUACGAAUGCUUCCGUGCUACUUAAUGCAAGCAGUGCAAGCAAAGGUGAUAGCGGUACAGCUGAAAGCGGUUAUGUGAUGGGUAGUGAAAAAAAUUGGUCCCACGGACCGGUACGAUUACCGCCAGGGAUGGUGGUCUACGGGGCAGGGAUGCAUCCCGACCAUUCCCUUGGCAGCAACGAUAUGGGCGACGGGAUUGGAACGAUGCAUCAGUCCCAGGGAACACUACACGCCUCUCAUUCGCAUUCCCUGCAACAGUUUGGCAACCAUCUCGCGCAUCAUCAACCCUCGAUGGCAAUGCUGCACGGAGGUGGCCAUCUGCAGCAUCACCACGCCGCACAUCAAGCUUCGUCAUAUCUCAAUCAUCAAGGGGGAGAGGUUUCAGGGCAAAAUUAUCUAGUUGCUUCGGUUUCCAGCGCAUCGCAUAUGCUCAGUGCUGGUCUUUCGCCAAGUUCGAUGGGAUCGCUCGACGUACAAUAUGCCUUCAGAAAUUACUAUCCAGUAAGUGGAGGAGGAGGAGGAGGGAUUGGAGCAGUGAGAGGUGGACCAGAAUUAGUAGCAACAACCACGGGAUCGUCACAACACUCGCCUUGUAGCAGCUCCGAACCAACGCAGCACGUGGGCGCGUAUUAUGGCGACAAUUAUGCAGCGUUCGAAGUAGUAGGACCAAGCUCCUCCUCACUGUCCAGUGGGACUGAUCAUUACCGGCAAGAGCAUCUCACGAUGCCGGAUGCACUUUUGCCUUUGCAUGUGCACGAUCCGGCGGGUAGUGGAACGACAGCGGCACGUGAGAACAUGCUUACAACGGGGCAUGAUCGGCAUCAUCAGCAGAGUUCCUUUGGGCAUUCCCAUCACCCGCCUAGCCUUCAGACGCAAAGAGUCGACCGUGUCAACGAUGCAUGCGAGUCUGGCGUACCGAGAGUGCCUAACGUUGGCGCUGGCGAUCCUACCGUGGAAUCGCUAGACACGCUAAUUGGUUCUAAUUUCGCCUGCACCGAUUCGACCAGAUCCAUCGAUCUGGCAAUGCUACCUUAUGCGAGUUCUACUCCUGCAACGGCUGAUGCUGCGCGUGUUUGUGAACAAGAAGUAGCUCCUCACGAUGAGUCAAUAAUCAUUUCGGAUAAUGAUUCAACCGAAGGUGUAACUAAUUUGGAGGAUGUUGAAACACCCACCUUGGAGACGUUGGUGGGGCAAUCUUCUGUGAUGGAUAGAGAUGGUAAAACAGCGGACAGGAGUGCAUGUUCUUCAGUUGAAAUAAUAUCAAUGGAGCCCGGAGUAAGCUCGCGACCUGUUGUUUCCAUUGAAAGUACAAGCUUUAUCGAUUUGACGGCACCACAUGCCGGCAACACCGAACGCCUGGAAGCUAUCAACGAUAUGCUAGAGAUCAGCCGGCACACUGCCAGCAUCGCUCAACGAUCGAUUGUGGCAGAGGAGGACGACGAGUUGCGCGAUUUCCGACAUCCUCCGCCAUCAAGCACUGUAGAGGAACCUCUCGUGAUUAGCGACGAUGAUAAGCAAGACGUAAUAUCGAGCUGCAACGUGAGGUUAGAAAGGCUACAAACCACCGGGAGCACUAUUAAGGAUGCUCUGUCACAAAAUGACUCUGAAUCACCUGCGGGCACUCGUAAGGAUACCGAAUUUACCAACACAUCGAAUGGCAUUGCUGAAGAUUCUACCGAGCAGCAGCAACAAGAGCAAAUUCAAAGUACGUCAGCUAAAACGGAUGCCUCGAAAAGGUUCGGAACGCUGCUCGAAAAAAAUCUAGACAGCAAUGGUGUAUCCUCUUCGUACGCUGCCACCACCGACUCGCCUGCCUUGGUCCCGUCGUCGACAGACUCACCACCAACGUCGGCAUCACCGGAACCAAGUGAGAAUUUAUGCGAAAUCAUAAAAAAUAGUAUCGUGGAAACUGCUGUUUUGCACUGAAACAGAUACGUAUAG